AUGAGUUCUGGUAUCCCACCCUGGCGUGCUACCGCGUCCGCUACUGCUACGGCCCCUCACUUUCCUGCACAUGCAACCCCAGCCUAUAUCCCUGUUCAAGCACGCCGUAGCUUUGCUCAUACCUCUACAACCGCCAUGUCACCUCAGCCGCAGCCAACAACAGCUCAAGCACCACGCAAACGAGUAGAAUGGCCAGCACCCCUUCGAUUAUACGUGCAACGAAGCUUCGCGCCUGAGAACCAAAUUCCUGGAGUCAUCCGGCAGGAGAUGGAGGUGAAACUGAAAACCGUCAUCACCGAGGCGGCAGAGAAGAAUCAGCUAGAGAAGAUCAACUGGGAUGCAUUGCCCCUACCGCAAGUCAUGAUUCAAAACGAGCGCAACCAGAUCCUGACCAACCCCGAUGUCUCAGGUUGGAGUGCUUCUCUUGUAACUGCUGCUCAGAAACCGGACACCGUGACCGAGGACGCAUCUAGGAAAAGAAAAUCGGCUGAGUACCAGUACGGGGACAAAGACAGCUGUCCACCAUGGAGGCAGACUAACAACCACCAUGCAUUUGGAGAUCGAACUACUUAUUCCUCAGCAGACAAGCGCCAGCGUGUUGAUCAGAAGAACCCAAGUAAGUCAAAAGCUAAUUUGGAAAUGCGGAGGAAGCGUUUCGAAGAACUACGGGCCAGAUAUGGCUCUUCACCAUCCUCAUCCCGUGGGGAAUCACCAGCGCCUACUGCCAAUCAGGGCCCUGUUGUCGGACGGUGCCAGGAGCUAGAGAAGAACUACUUCCGAUUGACUUCAGCGCCAAAUCCAGACACCGUUCGUCCGCUACAUGUUUUGUACAAGACCCUGGAUCUUUUGAAAAAGAAAUGGAAGAAGGAUAACAACUAUGGAUAUAUCUGCGAUCAGUUCAAGUCUCUACGACAAGAUCUGACUGUCCAGCACAUCAGAAACGAGUUCACUGUCAGUGUCUAUGAGAUUCAUGCCCGCAUUGCGCUCGAGAAGGGAGAUCUUGGUGAGUAUAAUCAAUGUCAGACACAGCUGCGAGCGUUAUAUGCCCAAAAUCUCGGUGGACAUCCUACAGAAUUUAAGGCGUAUCGUAUUCUUUAUUUCAUCCACACUCGCAAUUGGACGGCCAUGAACGAUGCGUUGGCCGAUCUAACAGCAGCAGACAAGCGUGAUCCUGCUGUUAAGCAUGCCUUGGAUGUUCGCUCAGCCCUUGCCCUUGGAAACUACCAUCGAUUCUUCCAGCUCUACCUCGACACCCCGAAUAUGGGAGCUUAUCUGAUGGACAUGUUUGUGGAUCGCGAGCGACUUUCCGCACUUGCGGCCAUCUGUAAAGCUUACAAACCCGACGUAAAGAUUCGUUUUAUCACUGAGGAACUUGGCUUUGAGUCCGAUGAACAGAGUGCACACUUUAUUCUGGACCACGCCUCUGAGGAUUUACUCCAAGAGAAAGAUGGAUCCGUGAGGCUGCUCACGAGCGGCAAGGCUGCGCAACUCUUCGAGGCGGCCAAGUCUGAAGCCCACAGAGUCGUGAUCAAAGCUCUCUACGACUACCAACCAGAACCCGGGAACACGCAAGAAUUAGCGUUCAGCAAGGGCGACUUCUUCCACGUUAUCAGCAGGGAGGACGAUUUGGACUGGUACGAAGCGUGCAAUCCCCUCAUCCCUAGUGCCAGGGGGUUGGUGCCGGUCUCCUUUUUUGAGGUCAUUGGCAAGAACGAAAGAGAUAGUGGCGGGUCGAUCGAUCUUCAUAAGAAGAAAGAGUCGCACGACUCGGGUUUCUCAGAUCGUGGUGCCGCUCUGUUUCCUUCCCCAGACCAUACUCCCACGCAACUUCACCACCCCCCCACGGCUCUCAGGAUGUCGACGUUAGGAAAGGCCUCGAGCGCCAUGGUCUAUGGUAUCGUCCAGUAUGACUUCCAAGCAGAGCGACCGGAUGAACUCGAUGCGAAAGCAGGCGAAGCGAUCAUUGUCAUCGCCCAAUCCAACCCAGAAUGGUUUGUCGCAAAGCCCAUCGGUCGUCUAGGUGGUCCCGGUUUGAUCCCCGUCUCGUUCAUCGAACUCCGGGACAUGCAGACCGGUCAAGCCGUAACCGAUCCCUUGGAGGCAGUCAAGCGCGCCGGUGUACCAAGGGUUGAAGAAUGGAAGAAGAUGACGGCAGAAUACAAAAAUAGCAGCAUCACCCUCGGCAAGAUCGACUCUGCCGCAUCAACAAUGCAGUCCGUGACCUCUGGAGUGGAGAAGAUGGCCAUGGGUCGCAACAGCGCUGGCCACACAAGCCAAAAUGGAAAUGCCUACGGCUUUCAUAAUCGGAAUGCGAGCAAAGCGUCCCUACCUCAACACCUGUCGCAGCCGCCGAUGCAGAAUCACCAUCAGCCUCUGGUCGCCCCAAUAGCCGCAUCCAUUCCCCGGUACUGCUUUGAUAACGACAAGUAUUGGUAUAUUAUUGAGGCCAAGAUGGAGGACGGCCGCUGCUGGGAGUUGUCCCGUUAUUAUCACGACUUCUAUGAUUUCCAGAUCGCGCUUCUGACCCAAUUCGAGGAGGAGGCCGGAAAUCGAGGCAAGCCGCGCACCUUGCCAUUCAUGCCCGGGCCCGUGACGCAUGUCACCGAUGCGAUCUCCAACGGCCGUCGCCAGAAUCUGGACGAAUACAUAAAGAAGCUCCUGGCCAUGCCUUCCCAUAUCUCCCGUUGCCAGCUGGUUCGUCAGCUAUUCGCACCUCGCCCAGGUGACUUUGAAAUUGACCCGAGCGCGUUUGGAGAAGAUGCUCGGUACUCCGGUGGCUCGCACCAUUCCUCCACGCAGGAGGCAUCGCGCAGCGCGUCCCGCCAGUCAUCUCAGGCUCAAAUGAGCUCGCACCCCGACCGAACUUCGCACCAGCGCAGUCAGCCCUCCGUCUCGCAUCCGGCCGACAGACCGGCGCCGAUGAACCGGCAGGCCAGCUCUCUCACUCAAGUGUCGACAACCUCAAGCGGGGGCGCCAUGAAAGUUAAGGUUUUCUUCCAGGACGACUUGAUUGCCAUUCGCGUUCCUAGCGACAUCAGUUUCCAGCAGCUCCGGGAGAAGCUAUUAGAUCGUCUCAAGGUCAAUGAGGAAAUUGUGGUGCAAUAUAAGGACGAACCCUCCGGCACGUACAUGGACCUGAACAACGACAGUGACCUUGACACCGCCAUCCAACGGAAUUCCAAGCUCACUCUACACGUCGGGCUUGCCUAA